GUUCCCUCGGAUAUUCAGGCGCGAGGUCCUGAGGCAAUUGAAGCCUACAACAAUGCUCUUAUGGACGGGAGAGCGUAUAUUAAAAGAGUACCAAUCAUGAUAAUCGGGCAAGCUCGAACAGGAAAAACUAGUCUAAAGAAAUCUCUAAGAGGAGAAAAGUUCGAUCCAAAGGAACAAAGCACUGUAGGAAUAGAGACUGACCCUUCAUACUUCAAAGUUUCGACGGAAAUUUGGAGAGCAGGGGACAAUAGCAACAAGAAUAUUGAUCCUGGGUCAGAGGAUUUCUUCGAGCAGAAUAUCGCACAGUCAAUAUUUGGGGCAUUAAAAAAUGUUAAAAUAUCUCAGAGUCCGCCCUUAAGGAAACCAGGCAAUGAUAGCUCUGAUACACCAAUUACGGACGCAAUAUUGAGCCAAAGACACAGUCAUUCGUUUGAAGAAGAAAUACCAGAAAGUAUAGCAACAAGGGUGGAAAAACUUCUACAAAAUAAUGAGAAUGUUGAAGAAGAGGAAGAAAUAUUUUCCAUUCUGUGGGAUUUUGGUGGACAGUCCGUUUACUAUGCCACCCACCCAAUCUUUCUGACAGAGAAAGCGAUCUACAUCUUAGCUUGCGACCUAAGUCGUAAUCCCUACAACAAAGCAGACUCUCUAGUCAGAAAAGGACUCUAUAGGAACAAGGAAGACCUCUGCAACGACACAAACCUAGACUACCUUGAUUUUUGGCUGUCAUCCGUGUAUUCUUUGGUCGGUCCAGAUGCUAUUGGCCAGGACAACUCUCCUUCAGACGCCAAAACUGCGAGAUUGCCCCCAGUUUUUUUCGUGUGUACUCACGCCGAUAAACCCUACAGUAGUGCCACUGAUCCUAGAGGUCUGGCGGUCGAUAUCUAUGGAUUUCUCCGAAGCAAGCCUUAUAAAAGCCAUUUGUUUAAGGACGUUUUUGUUGUCGACAACACGAAAUCAGGGAGCCGACAUGGUUGUCCAGAGGUAACACGCCUAAGAAAAAAAUUGUUGUCUGUUGCCCAAGGUCUUCCUCAGCUGAAGGAGGCAAUCCCAUUAAAGUGGUUAAGGUUUGAAAGUAUUCUUCGGCUUUUACGUGAAGACAGUUGCAAAUUGAUGGCCAUUGGCGAAGCUAGGAAGCUUGCUUCUGAUAAGUGCGGGAUCGAUCACGAUGGACAGUUUCGGACUAUGCUUGACUUUUUGCAUGAUCAAAAGGUUCUAAUUCAUUUUAACGAAACACAAGAACUAAACAACUUGGUGAUUUUGGACCCCCAGUGGCUCAUUGAUAUCUUCAAGAAAGUAAUUACUAUUAGGCGUUACGAGCCGGAUACAGAAGAUAACGUUGAACGGUUUUGGCUCAAGCUGCAGGAGACUGGUAUCCUAGAUGAAAGGCUUCUGCUUCACGAGUGGAAACAUUUGAUUGAUGUGUACAGUAAAGAAACCUGUGGAUGCCUUAUCGCGAUAAUGGAGAGAUUCAGCUUGCUCUGUCCCUGGCCAUCUGACGGAGGAAACAUACAAUACCUUGUGCCGUCCAUGCUGAUGUCACCCCCUACAAAUAAAGUAUUGGAGCUCCUUGCUUCUGUGAGAACGCCUUCACUUUUCGUGAGGUUUGAAGUAGGUCGAGUGCCUCCAGGCCUGUUCACGCGACUAGUGCUCCAGUUUUACCAAUGGUGUAACGAAGAGUGGAAGAGCCAGAUACAACCCCAGCUGUUCAGAAAUUUUGCUCUGUUCUACAUCCUUCCUGAUCAAGGGGUGUUCGUCAUCAUUAUGUGUCAUUCCUCUUUUAUUGAAAUCGCCCUUCACGAUGGAAGCGAUUUUUGUGGAGCGAUGCCGCUAGAUUUCACUGAAGAUUAUUCCAAUCUAACCAGUCGUGCAAUACAUCGUCAACUCAGAUUGAUUCUCGAGUGCAUGCGCAGAGAGUUUAGCUGGCUGAAGAACAUGAGAUACGAAAUGUGCAUCUGCUGUCCAGUGUGUUCACAGGAAGGCUCUGUCACAUGUCGAGCUCACAAGGUGCGCGGCUGUGAGUGUCUUCACUUGUUGUCUGAAUGCGAGCUUCAGAAAUGUCAGCAUUGCACUCGACCUGGUUUGCGGGGAGAUUGUAGAAUUCUCAUCAAAAUGUUUGCACCUUGGUUUUCAUUUUCAGGCCCUAACGAGAGCAGGAACCUGCUUAAUCAGGUUUGUUUCUUAUUUUCGCCAACUACUAUGUACAUCUGUGUAUGAUUUAUACUUUUAGAAAACCACUACAACUACUGAAGCAAUCUCUUUAAAAUCUUAGAUAUACGCAAUGAAAGCAUAAGCUAUUUCAGGCUGGGCAGAAGGCAUAUAUCUUGUCUCCGUGAUCUGAGUUUACCAUAGCAGAAAACAACAACAACAUAAGUAAGCAAGGGUUUCAAAAAUGUUUAUUCAGAAUUUUCUUAUCUUUCAUCGUGUGUUUUUUCAAUCAGCAAAGUGCAUCUGGAUGCAGUGAUGUGAGAGAAAGAAUUUCUGAAACUUACCAAGGAUGUGAGAACACCAUUAAAUCAUUUUACAAAGGUCAGUUGUAAAAUUCCAAUUCUUAUAUAUUCUUAUUCUUCCAAUUCUUAUAUACUGCAUUUAUAUUUUGUCAAUUUAUUAUAGCAGUCACUUGAAGUCUGCUGUUUUCUUUAAUUAGCCAACCGUUCUGUGACCCAAAUCAAUAAACAAGUGUUAGCUUGAUCAUUAACGGCCAGGAUAAAUCCGAAGAAACCAUAAUGCCCAAUUCCUUGACACACUUUCGAGUUUUAAGACUCGUUCCCAAUGAGUAUUUAGGGAGGGAGGGUUCACAUAUGUGCGUUGUACGUAAAACUUCGCACCUCUCGGAGUUAAAAUGAAGUUGUCAUUUAGAUGCCACAGUUGACAGUUCUCUGUACACUUUGGUGUCGUCAGCAAACAUACUUACUGUAGAAGAGAUGCUAAAUGAUAUAUCAUCGACAAAAAAAUAAGGAAUAAAACUUGGCCCAGGAUUGUACCACGGGGAACCCCGACGUUGCACAAGACCAGGAUGAGUGGAAGCGUCGAACAAUCACAAAUUGCUUGCGUUCGGUCAAAAAGCUUCUAAACCAACGCGGUCCUGUGACAUUUUAAUAGUCAAUAGCCGUUCGUGAGUCAAACGCUUUUGAGAAACUUAAUCUAAUCUGACGUCUUUUCACUCAAUUUACAAAAGCGGUGACUUAAACAUGUUACUUUAACUUUCAGAACUGUCUCUUGUUCUCCCCAAUGAUGUUCUUCAGUGCAUUCACACUCAGUCGAACGAGCCCGAGGAAAUUGUAGUUCUAUUUCAAGAGUGUCUGAAAUUAACCCCAGCAGAUCUGAAAAAUCCAGUGCCAAAGACGCAACGAUGGAUUCGGUGUCUAGCUAAUAAGGCUAAAUCUCAAAAAAGAACCGACGUAAUUGAGUACUUGAGGACGAUAGUACCUGCCGGUACUACAGGUACGUCCACAACAAAAGCACUAUGUAAAAAUUCGUUCUUUCUUUUAUUACCACGAGGAGAGAUACUUCCAAGUAGUAAGUGAAGUUUUUCCCGCAUCUUUCUUGCAAGAACUUGGAAGAACACCUCUAGUUUCAACAAUAUAGCCACCUCAUUUUCGCCACCUUUAGAAAAAGUUCAUGUUGGAACUUUGUACAGUAGAGGUAGAAGUAUGUACACAGGUUUGCAUGUACAGUUAUGGUAGUUAUUUUAUUCACACCAUGUUGUUUGGUAACCAGGUCCCUUACUGAACGAGAACCUUGAUGUGCUUUCUAUUCCCUUUAAGAUGAGAAAGGAACUAACAUUUAGUCUAUGUGGUAAGUGCCAUUUGUUAUUUCCUGCAAGCUUCUCACAUGUGUUCCCAAAAUUAUGUCUAUACAAUAUUGUCAAAGUCAUGUCAAAAGAUUAUUUCCAGGUUCCGGACAUAAAAUUAUACCCAAUACAACAACAACAAUUUUAUUAAGGUUUGCCCAUCUAAAUUAACUGAAUCAUGGUUAGAAAACUAACUCGGCACGGAGGACCAUGGCAGUUAAUGACGCAACUUAUGCAGUUGCUCAAAAAAAAGCCUGAAAAAAAACUUCUUAUCUAGGUUACCAACGUUAAGUGCGACGACGACGGCAAACUUUCUAAUGCGACAUUUUCUGGAAGAACACAACAAGCUACGACAAAUUUUCCAUUAUCAUUUUAAACGUCAAAGAAAUCAAGUCCAGAAAAAUUCGACUAUAUUUGACAAAUUGAACAAAAGCCUAAAUGCUAAAGGUCCUCUAGCUCACAAGCGUUGCCCCCCAGGAGAAAAGAAGACUCUGGAAUCCAGGGAUGGAUUAGAAUUAGCGCUAAUUGAACUGCUUUUCACGUCCGAGUGGUGCUACGAAUUAUAGGAUAAAGAAGUAACAUACAAAAAGUGUGAUGCACGAGCCAAGGUGGUGUUUUGCUUAUCUAAAAGUAUUGCUUUUAAAAUUUGUUGUUGUCGCCUCCAUCGAUGUCAAUUAAACCACUAUUCCUCUUUUUACAAAAUGAGAGAGCUCUUUUCGCUCGUUUGCAUUGACUGAGGGGCUGAUACAGGCUAGGGUAGUCGGGACAGCCACAAUCUUUUGGCCGCUUAUUUGUUAAAGUAGACCAAAAUGUUUACAAAACCGCUAACUAGAGCUUCUCGAUACAUACCAAGCAAAUCCUUCUUUCUAGCAAUCGGCUUAAGCUAUCUCCAUGAUCUUUCACAUGCGUUUUUAAAACGACUGAAACUACUAUGAGGUGAAAUUGCAUUUCAAAAGCCCCUCGCUUUCUACAGAUAACGGCCGACCAUCUAUAUUGUCCAGUUUUUAACGUAUUUCUAACCAUAAAAACUUCAUCUUAAUAUAUCUCGAUAGCGCUCUUACCGAUUUCGCUUAAACUCCACAAACUUCAGAAGUGUUAAAUUAAAAACAUGGCUCAAACUUCCAAGAAAAGGCCACGCAGUUGUCUUCAAGAAGGCAUCUGAUGUCACACAAAAAUACCAUUCAGUGUUCUAGAUGGUAGGUCUUUCCUUACAAGCGCAACUGUUUCUAUAAACAUUUCGAUAAAACAGAAUCUGAAACUUUUAAAUCGCUUUUGUUUGCUAGGUGGAGAAGAAUGGAAACAGCUUGCAGAGAACUUUGGCAUGUCUUACAACGAGAUCCGCUUUCUUGAUAAGAGAACCACCAACCCGUGCGACGUUGUUCUUGAUCUUAUUGCGAAACACCGCUAUUUGAUGGUUGGGGAACUUUAUGACAGACUCGUCAUGAGCGGAUUUCCAGGAUCAGCCGACUUACUAUAA